AUGGAGGCGCUUGCCGGCGCAGACGACGCCGGGCUCCGGCGCCAGUGGCGCUGCGGCGGCGCAUCCGCGGUCUUGCUCUGCUACGCGCCCAGGGUCCGGCCCGCGGGCCAUGGGCGCGCCCGCAAGCUCACGCGACGCCGUGCCUGGUUCUGCCCCGGCAGCCGCAUCCAGCGGGGGCUCCAGUGCUGCAGGCGCCAGGGCGGCGCUCCUGCCAGAGCUCACGACGACCUGGUCAUGCUGCCCUGUUUGUUCGGGCCCGUUGGUCCCUGUGCCGCAAAGGCCCAGAUCUUGCGGGCGUUGAAACCAGAAGUCGCCACGGAGACUCUGGAGCAAUCGCUGGAAUCCGCAUGGGUGCGGCACCAGAUGUGGCAGAGAUCUUUGGAGCGCGAGGGCGCUCGCGCUGCCCUGGCAAGCUCUUUGUUGGAAUUGCCUCUGGAGAGCUUCCUGCAGAGUUGCGCAUCCUGGCACCGCCCUCUCAUGAAGGAGCGCCGCCUCCGCGCGUGGCGGGCCAGCGGAGACAGGAUGGACAUCGUCUGCGUCGACGGCAACGCCAAGCUGUACCGGCGAUCGUGCGGCGCGCCGUGCGCCGAGGCCGUUUACCACGACGCCCUGGACUUGCACUUGGUGCGUGGUUGCCCAGAGUCGCCUUUGCAGAAAGGAGUGCUUUGCCGGCGUCACCAGGAGCUCGCCGACCGCCCUGCCCUCGCUGGAGAAAUCGAAGCGCACCGCGUGCGGGCGCCCCUGUCCGCCAUGGCUUACCUUGACGUUGAAGUGCGAAUGACGGGCUUCGCUAAUUGGCAGCCCGCGUGCACGGUCCCCGACUCGACCGUGCAAGCGUAUUUCGCUAAGAAUGCAGAACAGGUCAUUCAAGAGCGCAAACGCCGUCGUCAAGAGCGCAGGGAGUUGCGCCGACAACCGCUUCGCUUGGUCUUAGGCGACUGGGCUUCCGGAUACGCUAAAGACAAGUGCUCGUGCAAGACGCGCAAGGAGUCUGUCUCGGCCAUCCGCGCGGCAGAACGGUCGGCCGGCUUCCUUGCCGCAGUCUCAGAGAGCGGGAUUGUCGGUGCUCUUGAAGAAGUGAUUACUGCUGAGACGCUUUCCCAGCGCUAUUGCUUUUUGGCAGACGUGGCAAGUGCCGUCCCGGAGCUCAAGACGCUCGUGCACGACGACGCGUGCCGCGUGCGUUUAUUCGCCAAGGGCAGGGCGGAGGGCGCAGCGCCCGGCAGCCUGGCCGUUCGCCUGGGCCAGUUUCGGUACGUCGUCGACCGACCCCGCAGCAAAGGGCACGUCGAUGCCACGUGCAAGGCGGAAUGCUUCCCAGACGUGCCCGCGAACGCUGCCGCCCUGGGUGAUUUCCCCACGCCGAUAUGCGAGUCUGUCAACGCGCAGCUGUCGCCCUUGGCGCACACCGUACACCACAUGGGGCGGUGGGUCUGCGACUUCAUCGUGGGCGAAUGCGUGGGCGUUCACAAUGAGUUGCGCGCCCAGGAAGCGGCGCGCGGGGCUGCCAGGGCGGCCCGGAAGGCAGCCCGGCUCGACCGCGCGCUUCCCCCACGCCCGGUGCCCGCAGAGAUUCCCGCCGCGGGCUCGGCCCCGGCAGGAGCGCCCGCGGGCGCGGGCAGGGCAGCGGCCGCGGGCGCCGCCCCGGAUGCGGCGCAGGCGAUUAUCGCGCGCCGGAGGCUCUUGCCGGUUUGGGCAGCUGCUCUCGCUGACGGCGAGAAGUUUUUCGAGUGCCAGGGGUAUUUUAAAGGGCACCCUGGGAACACAAUGGCUUUCGCAUGCCCUGGGGCCCGGGUCAUUUUCGGGAAGGACACCGCUGCCGGAGUUGCGGUCUGCGCUGGGCCAGCGCAGCGCGGCUGCAAUGCCGACGACGCGCAGCGCUUGCUCCGCGCGAUUCCGGGGCGCCUCCGUGACGAGCUGACCGCGUACCUCGCCCCAGCUCUCUCGUUCGACGUCCUGCACAUGGGCGCUGUCUUCGAUCUCCGCCCCUGGGCGUUGACGUGGCCCGCGCUUGAGGAGGCGCUUGCCGCGCAGCCGCUGCUGCAGAAUCAAGGCUUCCCGCGCUUCCACGGUG